AAGCUGCCUCGGCUGAAUAGCCGGAGUUUCAAAGCGGCACAUUGGCAAAGCUGCUCUUUAUUAUGAGCGUCUGAACCUUCGGACCUUCCAAUAAAGCUCUGUAAUAAUCAUCUUUUUUUUAUGUCAUUACCUCUAGAAAUGCCAACCUUAUAAUACACCUAGCCACGAAUUGAGAUCUAUAACCAUCUACCUUUCUACCUACCUCCAUACCUAAAUCAUUCUCUAAACACCCCAGAUCUAAGAGCUCCAUUUAAACACGAUGGCUGGUGAAUUGCGCUAUGACGACCAAGUCGUUGUCGUCACUGGCGCGGGUGGUGGUCUAGGAAAGGCAUAUGCUACCUUUUUCGCUUCGAGGGGAGCUAAGGUUGUUGUCAACGACCUCGGAGGUUCAUUCAAGGGAGAGGGUAACUCAACAAAGGCUGCCGAUGUAGUCGUCAACGAAAUCAAAGCCGCCGGUGGCCAGGCCGUGGCCAACUACGACAGCGUCGAGAAUGGCGAGAAAAUCAUCGAGACGGCCAUUAAGAACUACGGCCGAAUCGACAUCCUACUUAACAAUGCCGGUAUCCUACGAGAUAUCAGCUUUAAGAACAUGACAGAUCAGGAUUGGGAUUUGAUCAUCAAAGUCCACGUUAAGGGUUCAUAUAAAUGCGCGCGCGCAGCGUGGCCGUAUUUCCGAAAACAGAAGUAUGGACGUGUUAUCAACACUGCAUCUGCCGCUGGUUUGUUCGGCAGCUUUGGCCAGGCGAAUUACUCGGCGGCGAAGCUGGCGAUGGUCGGUUUCACUGAGACGCUUGCGAAGGAGGGUAUUAAGUAUAACGUUCUCGCCAAUGUUAUCGCCCCGAUAGCAGCUAGUCGUAUGACUGAGACUGUCAUGCCUCCCGAGGCCUUGGAAGCCUUAAAACCCGAAUGGGUUGUUCCCCUUGUUGCUGUUUUGGUUCACAAGAGCAACACAAAGGAGACCGGCAGCAUCUUCGAGGUCGGUGGUGGUCACACUGCUAAGCUAAGGUGGGAGAGAUCUGGCGGUCUUCUGCUUAAGGCGGACGACAGCUACACACCCGGCGCUAUUCUCAAGAAGUGGGACAAGGUUCUCGACUUCUCCAAUCCCCAGUACCCCACUGGCGCCAAUGACUUCUUAGGUCUUCUAGAAGAAUCACAGAAGUUGGGCCCGAAUGAGCAGGGCGAGAAGUUGGACUUCACCGGCCGUGUAGCCCUAGUUACAGGUGGUGGUGCCGGUAUUGGGCGGGCUUACUGUCUUGCCUUCGCCAAGUACGGUGCCUCAGUCGUUGUCAACGAUCUAGUAGACCCCGACACCGUAGUUGGAGAGAUCAAGAAAUCGGGCGGUAAGGCAGUUGGCGUGAAAGCGUCUUCUGAAGAUGGCGACAAGGUCGUAAAGGCCGCCAUCGACGCCUUUGGCCGAAUUGAUAUCAUUAUCAACAACGCUGGUAUCCUACGGGAUAAGGCAUUCAACAACAUGGACGACAGCCUUUGGGACCCCGUUCUCAAUGUUCAUCUCCGAAGCACAUACAAGGUCACCAAGGCUGCUUGGCCCUACUUCCUCAAGCAAAAGUACGGUCGUAUCGUGAACACCACGUCAACAAGUGGUAUCUACGGUAACUUCGGCCAAGCCAACUACGCCGCAGCGAAAGCUGGUAUCCUUGGUUUCUCGCGCACCAUCGCUCUCGAGGGUGCCAAGUACAACAUCUACUGUAACACUAUCGCACCUAAUGCCGGUACAGCCAUGACACGCACAAUAUUACCCGAGGAAUUAGUACAGGCCUUCAAGCCCGACUACAUUGCUCCUCUUGUUCUUGCUCUUUCCAGCGACAAGGUUCCUAAGAACCCCACAGGCUACCUAUACGAAGUCGGCAGCGGUUGGGCCGGCCGAACGAGGUGGCAACGAACCGGGGGUGUUGGUUUCCCUGUGGACGUUAAGCUGACCCCUGAAGAGGUUGCAAAGAACUUCGCUAAGAUUGUCGACUUCGAUGACGGCCGAGCGGAUCACCCCGAGAAGACUCAAGACUCGUUAGAAAAGGUCAUGGCCAACAUGGAGAACAAGCGAGGGGCCUCCAAGGGUGCCCAAGGCAACCAAUAUCUAGAGGCGCAAAAGAAGGCAUUGGCCGCCCAAUCUCCGGGGACAGAAUUCACGUACACGGAGCGGGACAGCAUCCUCUAUAACCUGGGUAUCGGCACUAAGAAGACCGAGCUGCCGUACGUAUUCGAGGGCCAUGAGGACUUCCAGGUAUUACCGACAUUCGGUGUGGUUCCGCAAUUCGACGCAAACAUGCCCUUCAGCUUCGAUGAAGUGGUGCCCAACUUCUCACCCAUGAUGUUGUUACACGGCGAGCAAUACUUAGAAGUGAAGAAGUACCCGAUCCCGACAGCAGCGAAGACCAAGAACUUCGCCAAGCUUAUCGAAGUCGUAGAUAAGGGCAGCGCGGCAAUUCUUAAGAGUGGCGUGACGACUGUCAACGCGGAAACUGAUGAGGAGCUCUUCUACAACGAGGCUACUGUGUUCCUACGAGGCUGCGGAGGUUUUGGUGGCCAGAAGAAGCCAGCGGAUCGGGGUGCGGCAACGGCAGUAAAUGCCCCACCGAAGAGACAUCCUGAUGUUGUGGUGGAGACGAAGACGACGGAGGAGCAGGCUGCGAUUUACCGACUUAGCGGUGAUUACAACCCGCUUCACAUCGACCCCAACUUUGCCAAGAUGGGCGGCUUCAAAGUACCGAUCUUACACGGGCUGUGCUUUAUGGGUAUUGCGAGUAAGGCUGUGUACGAGAAGUUCGGUCCCUUCCGCAAUGUUAAGGUGCGCUUUGCUGGCACAGUACUACCAGGCCAGACGCUAGUCACUGAGAUGUGGAAGGAUAAGGCGAACAAGGUUAUCUUCCAGACUAAGGUUAAGGAGACGGGUAAGUUGGCGAUCUCGGGCGCUGCGGCUGAGCUUGUGGAGGGUGGUAAUGGGGGGAAAUUGUAGGGAUAUGUCGUAGGUUGAGGGUUGGUUUGGCAUGAUAUGAUAUGUUAUGGAAAGCUUAUGUUUAGUUGUUGUGGUUGACCGUGUAAACUUUACAUGCAGAUUUGGGACGUAUAUUAGAAUCCUACAUGUACCUAUGUAUUUUGAAAUUAUAGACCACUCUACUGUUCUAUCAACUUAGCAGAUAACUGGCAUAUGACCUAAUUCCUCCUAUGGAAUUUGAAGGAUCCCCAACAGUCAAUGAUGCACUUAUAAUGAAUAGAACUGAAGGCAGC